ACCUCCUCACCCACCACCGCGCCUCAGCUCACGCAUCUCUCUCAGCUCCGGCAAGCAACCACCAGCGCUCACCUCUUCCCUCGCUUCCCCGCUGCAAUGUCGACCGACGUGGCUGCCGACGUUCCGGCCCCUGAGGUGGAGGUGGCCGCCGACCCCGUCGUGGAGACCACGGCUGAGGCCGCCGCCGGCGACGCGAAGCCGGCCAAGGAGACCAAGGUCAAGGCUGCCAAGGCCAAGAAGCCGUCCGCUCCUAGGAAGCCCCGCGCCACCCCCGCGCACCCCACCUACGCCGAGAUGGUGUCGGAGGCGAUCACCGCGCUCAAGGAGAGGGGCGGGUCGAGCACCAUCGCCAUCGCCAAGUUCGUCGAGGACAAGCACAAGGCGCACCUCCCGGCCAACUUCCGCAAGAUGCUGUCGGUGCAGCUCAAGAAGCUGGUCGCUUCUGGCAAGCUGACCAAGGUCAAGGCCUCCUACAAGCUGUCGGCCGCCCCGGCCAAGCGCAAGCCGGCGGCCAAGAAGAAGCCCACCGCCAAGAAGCCCAAGGCCAAGGCGCCAGCGAAGAAGGCCGCCGCCAAGUCACCCGCGAAGAAGGCCGCCGCCAAACCCAAGGCCAAGGCCCCAGCCAAGACCAAGGCCGCCGCGAAGCCGAAGGCAGCCGCCAAGCCCAAGGCCAAGGCCCCUGCCAAGACCAAGGCCGCAGCCAAGCCGAAGGGCCGCCCCGCCAAGGCGGCCAAGACCUCCGCCAAGGACGCGCCAGGGAAGAAGGCGCCGGCCGCCGCCGCCGCCCCCAAGAAGCCGGCAGCCAGGAAGCCGCCCACCAAGAGAUCCGCACCGGUGAAGAAGUCCGCGCCCGCCAAGAAGGCGGCGCCGGCGAAGAAGGCCCCCGCCAAGAAGGCCAAGAAGUAGGCUCCCGCGUGAGAGAUCCUAGGGCUUGCCGGCUUGGCGAUAGAUUUCCAGUAGCUGCUUCUCCUGUUCUGUGCUGUUAGUCGAGAUGUCCGGGCUGUGUCGUUGUUGCUAGGCUGUAAAUUUGAAAUCUGGGUUGGGGCGCGCUGGUGAUCCGGUGCACCCCUUGGUGUGUGUGUCUCUGUAGCGGUGACGACGAUCGCGUUGUACUAGUAAGAUUAUGUAUUUGUGUAACUGAUUUUGGGUAGUUGAA